AUGGAUAAAAGAAAAGCACACUUCACACCGACCCACGACUUUGUUUUCUCCCCUCCUCCUCUGACCUUAAACAGCCGUAAAGAUCGAGUGUCCGGGUUAGGUGUUGGCCACGGGUCUGACUUGACAGUGAGGGCUGAUUACCUGGGUAGUGAGGGGGAUGGCAGAAUUGCGAGGGUCGCCGCCAGAUUAAAAAAUCAAGGGAUCACGGCGGGCAGUGAAGUCAGGGUGCGGAGUUCACGGGGGUCCAAGGACAGGCCAGGUCGGGAAGGUAAGGUGGGUAGGCCUACCUUGGUCGUGAGCGGCUGGCAGGGCCAGCGAACGAACGCAGCGCAAUGGGACGGACGUGGUGCCGGAAAACGGUCAACUGUGCCAGGUCGAACCGUGUGCGCGGGAAAGCGGGACAACGUUAGAGGGAAUUUGAUCCGGAAAGUCCACACGAGAAAACGCGAUAUCGGAUACUACCGAUAG